UGGGCCCAUAAAAGAGCCUGAAGAAGGAAGGAAAAAAGGAAGGAGGGAAGCAAAGAGAGAAGGAAAGAAGCAAGGAGCCAAGCAGAGAGCAAGCUGAUCAUGGGCCAGAAGAAGGUGGCGGUCAUCCUGUCCGGCUGUGGCGUCUAUGAUGGGAGUGAAGUCCAUGAAGUUUCGGCUGUCAUGGUGCAUCUCAGCCGGGAAGGGGCCCAGGCCGAGCUGUUUGCCCCCAACGUUCCACAGAAGCAUGUGGUGAACCACGCCACAGGGCAGCCCACAGAGAAGGAGGAGCGCAACAUCUUGGAGGAAAGUGCCCGGAUUGGCCGAGGGAACGUGAAGGACUUGGAAUUGUUGAAUGUGAAGGACCUGGAUGCCCUCAUCAUCCCAGGUGGUUUUGGGGUGGCCAAGAACCUCUGCUCCUGGGCCUCAGAGGGCAAGGAUUGCUCCGUCUCCAAAGGUGUGGAGGGUGCCAUCCGGGCCUUCCAUGCAGCCGGGAAGCCCCUCGGCCUCUGCUGCAUUGCCCCAGUUCUGGCCGCCAAGGUCCUGCCGGGAUGCGAGGUCACCGUGGGACACGACGCCGAGUGUGAAACCUGGCCCUAUGCCCAGACGGCUCAGGCGCUGAAGGAACUGGGCUGCAAACACGUCAACCGGAACGUGGGCGAGAUCCAUGUGGACCCCAAGCACAAGUUGGUGACCACCAGUGCUUUCAUGUGCAAUGCCCCUGUCCACGAGAUCCACGACGGCAUUGGGAAGAUGGUCCGCGAGGUGCUGAAGAUGGCCUGAGGAGGACCGGAAGCGACAGACAGGCCCCAAGCCACACCAUCGUCCACAAACACAGAUGACCCAGAAUCUUGCCGCCCCUUGCUCCUAUCGCUCUCUUUCGGCUGGCUAUCCAAAACAAAGCAUAUUCAGAAUGGGCUCUCUGUGGCCAGUUGGGUUCCAGUGGGGUUGAGCAGGGGUUUGGGCCAAGUAGACUCCCCUGGACGUCUUCCUUAAACCCAAAAUAAAAAAGGUGUGCACAAAGA